GCUCGGAGAGAAGGUGCGUCCCGCGGCAGUGAGAGAGCGAGCGCGGUGCGGGAGCCGGCCGUGCGUGUAGGGUGAAGGUUUCUCUUCGCGGUGCAUGGACGGAAAGCCAAUGCGCAGGUGUACCAGUACUCGACCAGGGGAGACCGGAAUGGAUGUGACCAGCCGAUGCACACUGGGAGAUCCUAACAAGCUGCCGGAAGGGGUGCCGCAGCCUGCUCGUAUGCCUUACAUCUCCGACAAGCACCCUCGACAGACUCUGGAAGUCAUCAAUCUUCUCCGAAAGCACCGGGAGUUGUGUGAUGUGGUGUUGGUGGUAGGUGCAAAGAAGAUCUAUGCCCACAGGGUGAUCCUGUCCGCCUGCAGUCCGUACUUCCGAGCCAUGUUCACUGGGGAGCUGGCGGAGAGUCGGCAGACGGAAGUGGUGAUCAGAGACAUCGACGAAAGGGCCAUGGAACUGCUCAUUGACUUUGCCUACACCUCUCAGAUUACUGUGGAAGAGGGAAACGUCCAGACCUUGUUGCCAGCUGCUUGCCUUCUCCAGCUGGCUGAGAUCCAGGAGGCCUGCUGUGAGUUCCUUAAGAGACAGUUGGACCCUUCCAAUUGCCUGGGCAUCCGAGCCUUUGCUGACACUCACUCAUGCCGUGAACUGCUGAGGAUUGCUGACAAGUUCACCCAGCAUAAUUUCCAGGAGGUAAUGGAGAGCGAGGAGUUCAUGCUGCUUCCUGCCAAUCAGCUCAUAGACAUCAUAUCCAGCGAUGAGUUAAAUGUUCGUAGCGAAGAGCAGGUGUUCAACGCAGUGAUGGCCUGGGUGAAGUACAGCAUUCAGGAAAGAAGACCCCAGCUGCCACAGGUCCUCCAGCACGUUCGCCUGCCACUGCUGAGUCCCAAGUUUCUUGUGGGUACAGUGGGCUCUGAUCCUCUGAUUAAGAGCGAUGAGGAAUGCCGGGAUUUAGUGGAUGAAGCCAAAAAUUAUCUCCUGCUACCCCAAGAGCGACCGCUGAUGCAAGGACCACGGACUAGACCACGCAAACCCAUCCGUUGUGGAGAGGUGCUCUUUGCAGUGGGGGGCUGGUGUAGCGGGGAUGCAAUCUCCAGUGUGGAACGGUAUGACCCUCAAACCAAUGAGUGGAGGAUGGUGGCUUCCAUGAGCAAAAGGCGCUGUGGCGUUGGUGUCAGUGUUCUGGAUGACCUUCUCUAUGCAGUGGGAGGCCAUGAUGGUUCCUCUUACCUGAACAGUGUAGAAAGGUACGAUCCAAAGACCAAUCAAUGGAGCAGUGAUGUGGCCCCCACCAGCACCUGCAGGACCAGUGUUGGAGUAGCAGUUCUUGGGGGCUACCUUUAUGCAGUGGGUGGCCAGGAUGGUGUCUCUUGCCUCAACAUUGUGGAAAGGUACGAUCCCAAAGAAAACAAAUGGACUCGAGUGGCUUCCAUGAGCACCAGGCGCCUGGGAGUUGCAGUGGCUGUUUUAGGGGGCUUUCUCUAUGCAGUGGGAGGCUCUGAUGGAACUUCUCCUCUCAAUACAGUGGAACGAUACAAUCCUCAGGAGAACCGCUGGCAUACGAUUGCACCCAUGGGGACGAGGAGGAAGCACCUGGGCUGUGCAGUGUACCAAGACAUGAUAUAUGCUGUGGGAGGCAGAGAUGAUACGACGGAGCUUAGUAGUGCUGAGAGAUACAACCCUCGAACCAACCAGUGGUCUCCUGUCGUGGCCAUGACAUCCCGACGGAGCGGAGUUGGCCUUGCAGUGGUGAAUGGACAGCUAAUGGCAGUGGGAGGGUUUGAUGGCACAACGUACUUGAAGACCAUUGAGGUGUUUGAUCCAGAUGCUAACACAUGGAGGUUGUACGGAGGGAUGAACUACCGGCGGCUGGGAGGAGGAGUGGGUGUUAUCAAAAUGACACACUGUGAAUCCCAUAUAUGGUAAGCACCAAGAGAGGGACACCCCCUGGUUCUCAUUCCUAGAACGAUUGAAGAGACUUGUUGACACUGGACUCUUUGCAGCUCUAGUAUGGACGGUCUAGACCUGAUGUAACUCUUUGCCAGUGACUCUUUCUAUGGAAUUAUAAAAAUGACUUCUGUGAGAGUGUGCCCCGUGGGAGACCACAUUGUCAGACUCCAGGGAACCACUGGACAAAAGUAGAAGUGUUGCUUAUGUCCAUAUUUUUUUUCUAACUAGUCUACAAUUUUGAAUAAACCAAACUGUACAAUUCACCAUAGCAUAAACAAUGCCAAUGCACAGACAACAAGCUACAAUGGGAGUCUGGCAAGGAGAGUUUCCUGCCUUUCCCUCCUGCUGUGAGCAUUGGAUGUGGCAGCUGUGUUGGUGGGUGAAAGAGGAAGGUGAUACAGAAAACAUUGCUUUUGCCUUAUUUACAGAGAGCUUCAAAAAAGAUAAAAGUACUUGACCUGCAAGGUGCCACCUUUGCACAGAAGCUUUCCUGUGCACAGAGUAUAUUUAUUUUUUCAUUUAAUUUGUAUCACGUCUUUGUGUUGCUCACAGCGAUGAUUCCAGCUUUUUAUAUACAUAUAUGUGUGCAUAUAUAUGUGUUUUAUAUAUAUGUAUAUGUGCGUGUGCAAUUUGAGUUUUAAUGAGUUGAUGGUUAGGGCAGGGCUAUGUCCUGCAAGCUGCUGUGGUUCCAACCCUGGUGGUAUGUAGUUGGGUCUCAGAGUAUGGGAGAGCUAUGGGUACCCUGAGUGUCUUUUCAGUCUUGCUGGAGGCAAGAAGUAGAACUGGAACUCUCAUCUAUCGACUGAAUCAGUGAAAGGCCAUAAAAGAAGGUGAGAGUGAAAAGGAUUUCAUAUGAUGCCUUUUUACUGUACAGUGUAUGGUACAAAAGUUCAGCUUUUGUCCCUCACCUCCUCUGUAUAUGAACCUAGAAACAACUCGCUGUUGCUUAUUUCAAUCAGUCUCAUAUAUUCAGCAGGCAACCACUUCUUCUCUGAAGCUGGUAGGCAGGUAUCAUCUGUUAAUUCUGGCUAGCCUAGAUCAACACUCACCUCUCAGGUUCUUGAUGGAAUGGCAGACCUGCAGUCGAGUCAGCUCCUGCUGUGAAAAAUGCUUAGACCAGCGUCACCUAGCUGCCCUCCUGCCUCUCAUCUGUGUCUCUAGAAUUCCUGUUGUAAAACACUGACCACGAUGAGAUGGUGCACUCCCUUUCGAUGAUUCGUUUCAAAUGCACUUUCUCUGUUCUUGUCUAGAACAGGAAAAGGUCUGAAGUCGUGGAUGAGUUUGGAAGGGAGGGACUGUUUGCUGGCACUGUGAAUUACUGUCAUGUUUUGGUGAGUGCAGAGGUACCCAGGGUAGGGAGAGAGGAAGGAGGCACUGUAGGCUCAAAGGUUCUGAUACAUUUGUCUGUACUGUAAGUACUGUCUGUACUGAAAAGACUGUUGCACCUGAUGUAACUUUGGACCUUAUUAAAUCUGAUUUUAAAAGGACUGUGAAUUCUUGAGAUGAAGGCAGUGCUGACAUCUUAAGUUCUUAUCUCCAUUGUUUGAUUUAUGUAACAGCAUUUUAAUGUGCUUGAAUAUAGUAGAAGUUACACUACAGUAAUAAAUGGGUCAUUAAAAGUUUUUUUAAAAGUUCCUUUUCCCCUAAAGGUUGAUAUUCUUACGUUUACAUAUAAAGAUCAUUUGCACCUUUACAAGGAAAACAAGUAUUCUGUAAACAAAUGUUUACAUUAAUCAUUUAUGCUUUUUUCUAGCAUGAGUAACUUGUAUAAAUAGUGCUAUCUUAAUAAAUUUCUUCUAUGCUA